AUGUCGAAGCAACUUGCGGAGCGGAUCAUUCAGCAAAUUCUUCCAGAUUACCACGAGAUUGUCUCAUCUUCAACGCUUCCCUCCACUGAGGACAUGAUUGCCUUGGUCAAAGAGACGAAGAAAAUCCUUGCCCAAGAGAAGACGAUUAUCUCUCUCACCGGGGACUUUGAAGUUGUUGGCGAUCUUCAUGGUGAUCUUGAGAGCCUUGUAACUAUCUUUGAAUUCCAAGGGUAUCCAAAUGAACAAAAAUACGUUUUCUUAGGCGAUUACGUUGACAGGGGAACACAUUCUAUCCAUGUCGUACUUCUCUUGUUUGCAUUGAAGUGUCUCUAUCCCGAAAACGUCUUCCUGAUCCGAGGAAAUCACGAGCUCUCCUCUGUAUGCAAAAAGUACGACUUCAGGCAAGAGUGCAUCACCCUUGUCGGCAAAGGGUUCUAUUCACAUGUGAUCAAAGCAUUCAAAGUUCUCCCUUUGGGUGCUGUAAUCAACAAAAAAGUUUUUUGCUGCCACGGUGGAAUUCCGGUCACUACUGAGAUGACACUCGAAGAAUUAUCAGAUGUCGAGCGUCCUUUCACCAGUGAGUUCUCUGAUAUCCAAAAUUCUCUUUUAUGGUCAGAUCCAUCGAAUGAUGUCAGCGAUUACGAUUUCAACAGGAACAGACGUGCAGGCGAAUUGUUUGGACGCAAUGCCCUUGAUAGUUUCUUCUCUCUAAAUGGCCUGGAUACUUUAAUUCGUGGUCAUCAAGUCGCUGAAGACGGCUAUGCAUUUUCUCUUGGAGAGGAUGUCAACUGCAUAACUGUCUUCAGCUCAGCGGACCAUGAGAAAGGUAACAAAGGAGCUACAAUCACAGUUUGUCAGGAUAACUCGAUUAUGGCAAGGCAGUUCGAGAAGGAACUUUAUACAUUCGAUACAUUGGACUACUUUAAGGAUUGUAUAACCAAACAAUUCUGCAAUAACUCUCUUGUUCUUGUCUGA